CGGAAUUCAAGACAGCCUUGUGCAGUGGUGGUCCUGGAUGGAGUCGCAGGCCGACCCCCGAGUCCAGGACUGGUUCUUGAUGUCCUCCCCCGUGCCCACCAUGGCUCUGACUGUUUUGUACCUGGCUUUUGUCUUCAUCGGGCGCAUUGUCAUGAAGAACCGCAAGCCCUUUGAGCUGCGUGGCCCGAUUCUCGUUUACAAUGCAGUUCUUGUGGCCCUGAACGCCUGGAUCUGUUUUGAGCUCGUUGAUUCCUUCAUCAAGGAGAACAUGAGUUUCAAGUGCAAUGGCGUCAACACUGACCCCAACAACAAGAACUCGAAGCGCAUUGCCGUCGCCAUCUGGUGGUACUACUUUAGCAAGUGCAUCGAAUUCCUCGAUACGGUCUUCUUUGUGCUUCGCAAGAAAGACGAGCAAAUCUCCUUUCUGCACCUGUUCCACCAUUCGACCAUGUUCAACCUUUGGUGGAUGGGUGUGCGCUGGGUUCCCGGAGGCACCUCGACCAUCUCUGCUGCCAUCAACUCGGGUGUUCACAUCAUCAUGUACACCUACUAUGCGUUGGCUGCCAUCCCCGCCAUGCGCCCCCACCUGUGGUGGAAGCGCUAUCUGACGCAGGUUCAACUGACCCAAUUCUUCGUCAUUUUUGGUUCCACCUCCAUGGCCCUCGUUGAAACUCGCGCUGGACGGUGCAACUUUUAUGAGUGGAUGGGCUGGGCCAACCUCCUAUACAUGAUCUUGAUGAUUUCUCUCUUCUCCCUCUUUUACACCAAGGCCUACUCCAAGGGCAAGGGCAAGGGUGCAAAGGCUGGCAGGGACGACAAGGCUGCUUCCAGCAGCUCGGCCGCAGCAGCCACCGCGACCUCCACCGCUGUCAAGUCCGAUGCUCGUCGCCGUAUCAAGGCCUCUACGUAAACUCGUGCCAACCCGUGACUAGCCUAAUCAAGGAACGACGGCGAUGUUGGUGAAUAUUGCUGCGGUCAUUCUACGCCACGCCACAUCCGCCUGGUCCUUGUGUAGCCGGGCCCACGCUUCCUCUCAGCACAGAUGCAUGCUUAUUUUUUUUUUCUUUUGGUUUGUGGUUGUUUCUUGAUUUUUUUCCCUGAGGUCCUUGAUAAGCUCACAAAUGCCUGCGAUGGUCUGUGCACGUCGCGUCAACCAACGCUUGCGCUUGUUCCAGUCUCGACUCUCGUCUUCUGGUCGUGUCCCCCUUCUCCUCUCCCACCAGUUUUCGCUUCGCGAAACGCCCGGGGCCCUU